GCCACUCGCGAUUAAACUCUACCCUACCAGCGAGGCGGUCGCUUCAUCGCAGAAGUACAAACUGUACUCAAUUAAAGUUCCUGCCGCAACACGUUGGCGUUAGUAUUACAUUUUGGAGCGCAAAACUUUACACCAAAUAGUCGCGUGCAGUCUUUCAACUUGUUAUUAUAUUCUCGUCGACAAUUCGAAAUUAUUCGAAGCGUUUACGGUUUUCCAAUCGUGACCGGUUUUUGUUUUAAUUCCAUGCACAAUAAUGUUAAUGUCUGCUGCGUUCUUAACGAAUAAAAUAAAUCGUCUGAAACAUUUUCGUUGAAAACAUCGAAUAGAUUGAGAUCUAAUACUGGCGUAAUGGACCUCUUGGAGACACAGGUUUUUGACCGGAAUGAUUUCCCCAUGACACAAGAAAUACCCCCCAUGACACAAGAAAUACCCCCCAUGACACAAGAAGUACCCCCCAUGACACAGGAAAUAUACAAACCUUCGCAGAAGAGCAAAUCUAUGCGGGUCGGAACUCUUCGAAUCGGAGAUGUCAACCAUCCAAUAUUCACAGGCACUACAAAAAUUGGACGAAUACUUUCUUGCAACAUAGUAAUCGCUGAUAAUGUAAGUGUAAACAAUUCAAAGAUAAACUACACAUAUUGGAGAUACAUGGAAAAAUUCGAUAACAUUACUGGGGUUCUUUUUAUAUGGCUUUCAGUAGUUUGUUAUGUCCUCUAA